ACUAUUCAAUUAUCUAUCGAUAUUUAUAUAAUUAUAGUUAUAUAAAUAAACUCUAAGACUAAAUUUCUCGCUGGAACAACUUCUUCUGUUCAAAGUUGCAAAUUUUGGCUUAUUGGGGAACAAAUUUUUCCGAGGUUGCCAUUCUGUUCAAGUUGAAAGUUUACUGCAAUGGUGGAUGUUUUUUAUUUAUCUAAUAAAUGAAAAUUCUUAAUUCAAUUCAUACGAUUUUGAAAGAUAAGCACAUCAAUAUGCAAGGCCAGUUCGCAAUUAAUUUUCUUGAAAAUUAACUCAAUUUUACUCUAUCAAUCGUUAUCAGAUUCCUUAAUUCUACGUCAUCGUUAGUGAGGAAGGAAUGAGUAGAAUCUAGAAUCUAUUUCCUAAUGUGAGGUAACGUUUUUCUAUCACAAUGAAAUUCUUCAUAGGAUGUACAUGAGAUGAAAGUUCAAACUUGAGAUUAAUCUUUUUCGACGAAAACUUUGAUCAGAAUAAAGGUUAAAAAACUGUCAAGUGUUACACUAAUUUCAUAUUGGAAAACAUAACAAUGAAUCAAACUGUUGACCAAGUGCCUGGGUUCCACCAAUUAUCAGUUACAGUGGAAAGUGCCCAUCUUCGAGGAAAUGUUCUAUUUAAACCAUGUCCUUAUGUAGAAAUAAUAGUUGACGAAGAUAUAUCCUAUAAAACUGAACCAACUAGAAAUACAUCUCAACCAAAGUGGAAUGAAAAAUUAACACUUCUAGUGAAACCACAUUCUAAAAUAAAUUUCUGUGUAUUGGAUAAGAAUAACUUCAGAAAAGAUACAGUAAUUGGAGAAAAGAAAUUGGAUUUACUACAGCUAUUGAAGAUUUUCAAUGGUAGAUGUGAUAAUUUGGAACUAACUAUAGAUUUAUAUAAUGAAAAUAAGCAAGGGGAGGGUGCUUCUAAAGUAGGAGAGCUAGUUUGUUUUUUUCAAGGAUUGGUUGUUGAUCUUUCUAAGUAUAUGAGACAGGGAAGCAGCAACAUCCCUCUAACACCAAGCAAUAGUGAUGUUGAUUUGCAGCGAAAUGUAAUUCUACUUCUCAGUGGUAUCAAAGCAAAGAUUCGUACAAUUGGCUCAGAAAAUGUAGUGCCAUCUCGACCUAGUUUUGAGAGACCUCCACCAGUUCCAGCUGCUAGUAUUGCAGCUAUUCCAAUGACUUCAACUUCAAGCAUUCCAAAUGGUUCUAUUGGACCACCUGCUACUGUACCUCAGAGUAAUGUUAAUCAGAUAGAGCCAUCUGCAAGUAGACAUGAGGAUCCUUUGCCACCUGGUUGGGAAAUGAGAUUUGAUACUUAUGGAAGGAGAUACUAUGUUGAUCAUAAUACAAAAUCCACAUCAUGGGAGAGACCUCAGCCUCUGCCGCCAGGUUGGGAAACAAGAAGGGAUUCCAGAGGAAGAGUUUAUUAUGUUGAUCAUAAUACUCGAACUACUACAUGGCAGUGGCCAAAUUCUGAAAGAUUACAACAUUAUCAACAAUGGCAAGGAGAAAGACAGCAUAUUGUCUCACAAGGAAACCAAAGAUUUUUGUAUCCACAACAUCCUGCUGGUCCUGUGCCUGGACCUUCUACAGCAAUUGCAGAAGAAGAUGAUGGUUUAGGACCCCUGCCCCCUGAUUGGGAAAGAAGAGUGCAACCAGAAGGUCGAGUGUACUUUGUGAAUCAUAAAAAUAGAACAACACAAUGGGAAGAUCCAAGGACCCAAGGACAAGAAAUCAGUGAACUAGAUGACUACAAUCUGCCAGAUGGAUGGGAAAUCAGGUAUACAGAGGACAAUAAAAGGUACUUCGUUGAUCACAAUACCAAAACAACAACAUUUGAAGACCCUAGGCCAGGUGCACCCAAAGGCCCCAAAGGUGUAUAUGGUGUCCCAAGAGCUUAUGAAAGAUCUUUCAAGUGGAAGAUCAGCCAGUUUAGAUUCUUAUGCCAAAGCAAUGCUCUACCGAGCCAUAUAAAAAUUCAAGUCACCCGUCAAACUCUCUUCGAAGACUCUUUCCACACUAUAAUGCGUUUACCGGCUUACGAGCUCCGUCGUAGGUUGUAUAUAAUAUUCAAAGGCGAGGAAGGUUUGGAUUACGGCGGUGUUAGCCGUGAAUGGUUCUUUUUGGUGUCCCACGAGGCUCUUAAUCCGAUGUACUGUUUGUUUGAGUAUGCAAACAAGAAUAACUACAGUUUACAGAUCAAUCCAGCUUCUUAUGUGAACCCAGAACAUCUAACGUUCUUCAAAUUCAUUGGCAGAUUCAUUGCCAUGGCGUUGUAUCACGGUAGAUUCAUCUAUUCCGGAUUCACAAUGCCAUUUUACAAGAGGAUGUUGGGUAAAAAGUUAGUAAUGAAGGAUAUCGAAAGUAUCGACCCAGAGUUUUAUAAUAGCUUGGUGUGGAUAAAGGAAAACAACAUUGAGGAUUGUAGUUUGGAAUUAUACCACAGUGUCGAUUUUGAGGUGCUAGGUCAGGUAAUCCACCAUGAACUCAUAAAAAAUGGCGACAAAGAGAAGGUAACGGAAGCUAACAAGGAGAACUACUUGAUGUUGAUGACAGAAUGGAGGAUGACUAGGGGAAUAGAACAGCAAACUCAAGCAUUUUUAGAUGGAUUCAAUGAAGUUGUGCCUAUAGAAUGGUUGAAAUAUUUUGAUGAGAGGGAGUUGGAGCUGCUGCUAUGUGGUAUGCAGGAAAUAGAUGUUGAAGAUUGGCAGAGACAUACUAUUUACAGGCAUUACACUAGAAGCAGUAAGCCAAUACAGUGGUUCUGGCAGUUUGUCAAGCAAUCGGAUAACGAAAAAAGAGCAAGACUUCUACAGUUUGUUACUGGAACCUGCAGAGUUCCCGUAGGUGGUUUUGCAGAGUUAAUGGGUUCCAAUGGACCACAACGAUUCUGUAUAGAAAAAGUAGGCAAAGAAUCUUGGCUACCUAGGUCGCAUACAUGUUUCAACAGAUUAGAUUUACCCCCAUAUAAAAGCUAUGAACAAUUGGUAGAAAAAUUAACGUAUGCUAUUGAAGAAACCGAUACGUUUGGCCAAGAGUAAUGGAAACCUCAUAUAUAUAUGUGACUGUACCUGAGAUAGAAAGUCUGGAUUCCCAAAUUAUUUAAAAGAGGUUUUUAUAAUAUAUUGCAAUUAUUAUCAGAUGUAGUAAUUAUUGUGCAAUUUAUAUAUUGAAAAUUGUAUAUUUUUGUGAUAUAUGGAAAUGAUAAGGCCUUUGUGGGAUUAUGUUUAUUGCUUUUAUUGAAUUAUUAUGAGAUUAACCAUAGUAUCUUUUAUUUUCAGUUAACUCAUAUUUGAUUUAUUCUUAAUUUGUCUAUUAGGCCUUAAUGAAAAAAAUUCAUUGAGUAUUGACCUUCAUACAUGAUAUAUAAAAGUAAUGAAAAGGAUCUUAACAUCUGAUUACUUCAAGAAGGAAUAAAAACACAUUCCACUAUUCUGGAGGUAUAUAUCAAAAUGUAGAUAAUUUUUCCUUUGCUACCAAAAAGUAUCAUUUACGAGUAUUUUCCUAUCGUUCAAUCAAAAAAUGUAUAGGAAAUUAAUAAUUUUAUUCAUCUAUCAACAUUAUAAAGUCUUUCAUUUGAAAUUUGAUGGACUUACCACAUGAGGAAUUUCAGAUAAUUCAGAUGACAGUUAUUCAUCUAGUUGUUUCACCUAGCAAAUUAUUUUCAUAGCCUUAGGGAUUUAUAGUGAUUACAUUCCAUCAAUCUUCUAUGAGUUUGUCGGUAAAUUAUCCUAAAUUAAGUGUCCCCAACUUUUUUGUUUUCCUAAUUGAACACUUAUUGUGAAAUGUUAUGUAUAUAAAAUUGCUUGUAAAUACGCCAAAUAAAAUUUGUUUAGAAUAA